AUGGUGACCGUUCUCAUCACAGGUUGCGGGAAGGGAGGCAUUGGCGAAGCAUUGGCAGUCCAGUACCAGGCCCGCGGUUGCACAGUGCUUGCCACGGUUCUACCGUCGGAAUCUCACGAGCAUCUUACCUCCGUUGGCAUCCAGUGCUUUCAGUUAGACGUGACGAAGGAUGAGUCGGUGCGUGCCUUGUGCAAAGCGGUGGAGACCAAGGUCGGCGAUCGACUGGACAUUCUAGUUAACAAUGCUGGCAUAUGCUAUACCAUGACUGCCAUCGACACCGAUGUGAGCCAGGUGCAACAAAUGUUCGACGUCAAUGUCUUUGGACCUAUUCGCAUGGUCCAUACCUUUCAUCCUUUGCUUAUUCGAGCCCAAGGAUGCGUGGUGAACAUUGGAUCGGUCGGCGGGAUUGUGCCGUACAUGUAUGGCUCUUCAUACAAUGCCAGCAAAGCGGCGCUACAUCACUGGGGCAAUACCCUUCGCGUUGAGAUGAGUCCAUUGGGCGUCCGAGUCAUCAAUAUUAUAUCUGGCAAUAUCGGCACCAAUAUUCUGACGCGCGAUGCCUCCCGAAGUCUUCCGCCAACCUCAUUCUAUGCUCCGCUUCAGGAAGAGUUCCGGGCCCACGUACAACGUGUACCGAAUACUACGGAUCGUAUGGUAUAUGCCCGGUCGGUGGUGCAGCAGUCACUGCGACAGUGCCCGCCCGCGUGGUACUGGGUUGGGAACACGUCGACGUUUGUUUGGCUGAUGGACUGUUUUGCGUUUCGCACGGUCUGGGACCUUAUCCUGUGGCCUGUUUUCCACCUUGGAAAGCUGAAGAGUGCGAUGAAAACCAAGGGGGGUCUGAAGUGA